CGCUACCAAUUCUUUGCCGGGGUGAUGAUUACUAAUGGCGGAAGCUGCUGUAGAGUUUCUGUUGGACCAACUGUCAGCAGUGAUCCGUGACGAGUGCUCACUCUUGGGAGGGAUUAGAGAAGAUGCAGAAGACAUGAAGAAUGACCUGAGUCGUCUAAGGGCAGCUUUGAGAGUUGCUGACGAGAGGGAAGAAAUUGAUCCUCAAGUUGAAGCUUGGGUGAAGAUAGUCCGGGAGCUGGCUUAUGAUACCGAAGAUGUUCUUGACGAGUUCCUGUUCAGCUUUGGAGGUGGCCGGACCAGUGGAAGUUUCUACACUAACAUCAAGAACAUAUACACUUCCGUCAAGAACUUGAGAGCUCGGCGCAGGCUCGCUCUUGCACUGCGAAGGAUCAAGGCCAGAAUCAACGAAAACUCCAGAUAUCAGCCAAGCUUGCCAACAAGCACUAGAGGAACUGUUCACAACAAACAGUUGCAUUAUGGCCGAGUGGAUGCCCUUUUCCAAAAAGACUCAGAUCUGGUAGGUUUUGAAAAUUCCAAGCACUCUCUUAUUAAACUCCUUCUUGGCGCUGUUGAUGAUGAUUUGAGGGUUCACUCUGUGGUGGGCAUGGGGGGAUUGGGGAAGACCACUUUGGUUAAAAAGGCUUAUGAUGAUGCACAAGUGAAAUAGCACUUUCAGCAUCGUGUGUGGGUUACAGUUUCGGA